AUGUAUUUUGGUGAAGCAAUUCUGGGUACAGGAAUAAAUGCUGAACCAAGUAAUUUAGCGCCCGAGCAAUUCAAGUGGUUGUUCGAUAAGAAGGACAGUGAUGAUGAAAGGUCUUUUUCUGCAACAAUAUUUGGUUCAAAACCAUCAACCAUUUCUAUGCCUAAUAAUCAUCAUGAUCCAUUCCAAAGAUCUUGGGUUACUACUAAUUUGAUAAAUAUAAACGGUUUCACAUAUAACAACAAAAAUUUGUCUCCUCGUGUGCAAGCUCCUGAUUCACCACCUCUAUUUAACAAUAAUGCAAUGUUUCACCACCUCAAAACAACUAAGUCAACAUGCAUUUUUAUUAGAAAACAGAAAAGUUAUAUAGGGAUAUCUGGAAGAGUCACGUUAAAACCCUUACUACGAGAAACUCAGGCGGAAGAACAACGCAAAAAAAAUGAUGGAUUAUCAUGGGGAAAUAAUAGUCUGUUCACUCCUUCUUCAGCUCCGUGGGCAAAUAUGGUACUGAAAUCUCCUUCAUUACGUGAAAUUCAAGAAAUGGAAGUUCGUAAAACCGCUGAACAAGUGCGGAUCUAUUUCUAUGAAUACUGCUUGACAACAAGUCAAGCAAUCGUGCAAUUACUGCAGUAUAUCCUCAACCUAAUCGAUAAAUGUGUUAUCCCCGGCGGAAAGAUUCGUCCAUAG